CAGAUGGAGAACUACACGUACAACAGCGUCACUCUUCAGCUCGAGGGGUUGAGGGUCACCAAGACUAGUAAGUACCCUGUCUUCGUAUUUCUGCUCUUUGCCUACGUGUUCAUCUUAAUCACCAACGUGGGCAUUGUGAUCUUGAUAUGGACGGAGAGAAGCCUCCACCAGCCCAUGUACCUCCUCUUCUGUAACCUGUCCAUAAACGACGUCAUGGGAAACUCUCUCCUGGUUCCGCGGUUGCUGGCGGACCUCCUGGUGCCCCCCUCCGAGCGCCUUAUUCACUACUACGAGUGUCUGAUGCAAGCUUUCACCACACACAUGUUCAGCACCAACGCUCACACUGUGCUCAUGAUUAUGGCGUUUGACAGAUAUGUGGCCAUCAGUAAUCCCUUGCGAUAUAAUACGAUAAUGACCAACAGAAUGGUGAUGAAGCUGACAGUUUGUGCCUGGGGAGUGGCACUUGUUUUGGUCGGGAUUCUACUCGGUCUGACCAUACGACUGAACAGAUGCAGGACUUUGAUCACAAAUCCUUACUGUGACAACGCCUCACUGUUUAAACUCUCCUGUGAGAGUGUGUUGAUUAAUAACGUCUAUGGCCUCACUUUCACUAUAGUCCUGCUCUCGUCCUCUAUCGGCAGUAUAAUCAUCACCUAUUCCAAAAUCACAGCAGCCUGCCUGACUAGUAAGAGCAAGUCUUUGAACAGUAAAGCUUUGAAGACCUGCAGCACUCAUCUGUGCCUGUAUCUGAUCAUGUUGAUCAGUGGGUUGAUCCUCAUCACCCUACACCGCUUCCCCCAGUACACAGAGUACAGAAAGAUUUCAGCCAUUCUCUUUAACGUUGUUCCCGGCAGCCUCAACCCUGUUAUCUACGGGCUGCAGUCCCAAGAAAUACACAAGUGCUUGUCAAAUAUAUUCAAACUGAAAAAAGUUACGCCAUCGUUUUAA